UAACUUCCGCUCCCUCUUCCACAGGAGGCCUACACGCCGUCGCUGUGCCGCCGCCAUGUCUCUAGUGAUCCCCGAGAAGUUCCAGCACAUUUUGCGAGUACUCAACACCAACAUCGAUGGGCGGCGGAAAAUAGCCUUUGCCAUCACUGCUAUUAAGGGUGUUGGCCGAAGAUAUGCUCACGUGGUGUUGAGGAAAGCGGACAUCGACCUCACCAAGAGGGCCGGAGAGCUCACCGAGGAUGAGGUGGAACGCGUGAUCACCAUUAUGCAGAAUCCUCGCCAAUACAAGAUUCCUGAUUGGUUCUUGAAUAGACAGAAGGAUGUCAAGGAUGGGAAAUACAGUCAGGUUCUGGCCAACGGUCUGGACAACAAGCUCCGGGAAGACUUGGAGAGACUGAAGAAGAUUCGGGCUCACCGGGGGCUGCGCCACUUCUGGGGACUUCGUGUCCGAGGCCAGCACACCAAGACCACCGGGCGCCGUGGCCGCACCGUGGGUGUGUCCAAGAAGAAAUAAAUCUGUAGGCCUGUCUGUAAUAAAGUUUAUACACUUAA